UUACUUUUUCCUUCUCCGAGUCGAAACCUCGUUUGAUUCCUGAAGACGAUGAAACGCGAUUAAACACCACGUUUUUCUUCAGCGUGUAGUGUGGCUUGAUUUUACUGUUGAAAAUGAUUCACGCGCUUAUUCUGAUGCGUUUUUGUCUUCUGGACGUGUUUGGUGAUCCAGAUGAAGUGAAGAUAUCGGUGAUGGAGGGACAUUCUGUCACUCUACACACUGAUCUCACUCACAUACAGAGAGAUCUUGAGAUCGAGUGGAGGUUUAAACACAUCCGCAUCGCCAGAAUCAAGAGAUCAGUCGACAUUAAUCCCACAUAUGAUGAUAAUGAUGAGACUGAGAUGUUCAGAGACAUACUGAAGAUGAACAAUCAGACUGGAGAUCUCACCAUCACACACAUCACAUCUGGACACUCUGGACUUUAUCAACUCAACAUCUUUACUGGAAAUAAACAGAAAGUCAAGAGUUUCAGUCUUACAGCUUAUGCUCCUCUGCCCACUCCUGUCAUUACCAGCGACGUGUCUCACUGUUCAAGCUCAAAAUGUGUGCUGUUGUGUUCAGUGAUGAAUGUGAGACACGUAACGCUCUCCUGGUAUAAUGGAAGCCACACACACUCCAGCAUCAGUGUGUCUGAACAGAAGAGCAUCUCUCUUCCUCUGGAGGUGGAACAUCAGGACACAAACACAUACAGAUGUGUCAUCAACAAUCCCAUCAGCAACCACACCAAACCUUUCUGUCUCGCUGAUCUCUGUCGGUCGUGUUCAGACGUCACUCACAGUUGUGGUACUGCUGAAGCUUUGAUGCGAUUGGUCAUCACUGCUGUAAUAGGCGUGGCCGCUGUGGCUGCUGUGAUUGUUCUGAGUUAUGACAUCAGAUCCAGACGAGAUGAGCACAAGAGAAAAUCACACACAUCACCAACAACUACAUCAUUCGAUGAAUGACAUUAUAAAACAACAUUACACAUUUAUUAAUGUUUCUUUUUGGUUAUUGAUGUUUGUUUUUAUUUCAGAUAUGGCAAUUCUCACAUCACCAA